AUGAAAAUUUAUGUAAAAGACACAGUGGGAAAAACAAUAACAUUAGACGUACAAGCUUCUGAAACUAUAGAAGAUAUAAAAUUAAAAAUUCAAGAUAAAGAAGGAAUUCCAUCGAACCAGCAAAGAUUACUAUUAGCUGGAAUUCCAUUAGAGUCAACACGAAAAUUAAGUGAUUACAAUAUUCUAGAAGACUCUACACUUCACCUCGUAUUGUGCACAAACGAUGGAGUUCGGCCACAUGUACAUCUUAGUGUCGAUCGUUCAUGUCUUUCAAUUACAAUAGACACUGGCUUAAAUAAGCGUUUGUUAGAAAUGCGUAGUGUACAUUUUUCCUGCUCCUCCGAUCGAUUUGAUGCAACAAGUAAUUUUAUCGGCUUGAUUGUUUACGGUUAUGAUUGGCAAACAGACUUUCGACUUAACGGCAAACAUUGUAAAACAGGUUACAUUCUUAUCAAAAAGACUGAUGCCAUAAAACAUAUUCAGGCAAGUCAAAAUACUUGGUUUAGUCGUCUAUUCAAAUGGUUUUUUAACGAAGAAAUAUCGGAUCGUUUUGUUGGUACUGAUUUUAGUUUUGAAGCUGGUGAAUGGAAAUUUAAUUCCUAUGCAUGCAAAGAUAAUACGAAAGCAUAUCAGACCAAUAUGAAGGGAGUAAAUUAUGUUGAGAACGAAAUUCUUGAUACAGCCAUGAAGCGUAUGUAUAUUAAUCACCAAUGGCAAUUUAAUCAAAAUUUACAAGUCAAAGAUCUCUUACAACAUAUCACACUUCUAAACAUGAAACAGUACCAGGAUGAAUGGAAUUUUAAUCAUGCAGGUCAAUGUGACUGUGGUCAACAAUUGUGGUAG